GGGCGAACGGAAUACGGGUAGGACGUAGCAGUUCCGUCGACUUGCCGCACGCGUCAAGGGGGGAAAAAAAAGAGCCGAAGUCAAGCUGAAGAAAGUCAUGGAGGUGCAAAUGGACGGACCGCUGCGUAAAGAGCUCGCCGACUCGGUCUCCUCCUGCCGGGUGCUGGUUGUCGGAGCGGGCGGUAUCGGCUGCGAGCUCCUGAAAAACCUCGUUCUCACCGGCUUCAAAAAUAUCGAAGUGAUCGACUUGGACACGAUUGACGUGAGCAAUCUGAACAGACAGUUCCUCUUCCAGAAGAAGCACGUCGGGAAGUCCAAAGCUCAGGUCGCUAAAGAAAGCGUGCUGCGCUUCUGUCCAUCUGCGAACAUCACAGCGUAUCAUGACAGCAUAAUGAAUCCAGACUACAAUGUUGAGUUCUUCAGGAAGUUUCAGCUGGUCAUGAACGCUCUGGAUAACCGAGCGGCUCGGAAUCACGUGAACAGGAUGUGUCUUGCGGCGGAAAUUCCUCUGAUAGAGAGCGGGACCGCAGGAUAUCUCGGUCAGGUCACGGUCAUCAAGAAGGGGGCGACAGAGUGCUACGAGUGUCAGCCCAAACCCACACAGAAGACUUUCCCUGGGUGCACCAUUCGUAACACUCCUUCCGAACCCAUCCACUGCAUCGUCUGGGCCAAAUACCUUUUCAAUCAGCUGUUCGGAGAGGAAGAUGCGGAUCAGGAAGUGUCUCCCGACACGGCGGACCCUGAGGCUGCUUGGAAUCCCGAAGAAACGGCAGCACGAGCCCAAGCGUCGGAUCAAGACGGAGACAUCAAACGCGUUUCUACUAAAGACUGGGCGCGGUCGACGGGAUACGACCCCGUUAAACUCUUCAACAAGCUCUUCAAAGAUGACAUCAUGUAUCUGCUGACCAUGGAUAAGUUGUGGAAGAAGAGGAAAGCCCCCGUGCCGCUGGACUGGUCCGAAGUGCAGCAGCUCGUGAGCAGUCAGGACGAGGUGUGUAGCACAGGAUUGAAGGAUCAGCAGGUGCUGAGUGUGUCUGGUUACACUCAGCUCUUCCAGCACAGUGUAGACACACUCCGCUCACAGCUGGCCGAGAAAGGGGAUGGAGCAGAGUUGGUUUGGGACAAGGACGAUCCUUCAGCCAUGGACUUUGUGACGGCGGCCGCCAACCUGCGCAUGCACAUCUUCAGCAUGAACAUGAAGAGUCGCUUUGACGUCAAAUCUAUGGCUGGAAACAUCAUCCCAGCUAUCGCCACCACUAACGCAGUGAUCGCGGGCCUCAUUGUGCUGGAGGCGCUCAAGAUUCUUAACUCGGACUUCCAACAGUGUCGCACGAUCUUCCUCAACAAGCAGCCGAACCCCAGGAAAAAGCUGCUGGUACCUUGUGCUCUGGAUCGUCCCAAUCCAAACUGCUACGUAUGCGCCAGCAAACCCGAAGCCACGGUUAAACUCAACGUGCACAAAGUCAUUGUACAGAGUCUUCAGGAUAAGAUUUUGAAGGAGAAGUUCGGCAUGGUGGCGCCGGAUGUGCAGAUAGAGGACGGCAAGGGGACGAUCCUCAUCUCCUCGGAGGAAGGAGAGACCGAAGCAAACAAUUGCAAGCUUUUAUCGGACUUUGGGAUUCGAAAUGGCAGCCGCCUUCAAGCUGACGAUUUCCUCCAGGAUUACACACUUCUGGUCAAUGUUGUGCACUGUGAUGAAAUGCCGAAGGACGUCGAGUUUGAGGUCGUGGGUGAUAUUCCUGAGAAAGCUCCGCCCACGAGUGCUCCAGAACAAGACAAGAGCAUCACCAAUGGCAACAAAGACUCCGCCCAGCCAUCUACCUCAACUAAAGCCGUAGCUGAAGAGGACGAUGUUCUCAUCAUAGACUCCUAUGAAGAACCUUCCUCCAGCACCAUGGACGUUUCCACAGAGACCACCACCCUAAAGCGGAAGCUCCAGGAUGCCGAUACAAGCGAAGCGGCGUCCAAACGCCAGCGCCUCGACCAGCAGGCGGCCGUAAACAACGACGCCGACGACGACAUCAUCGCUCUAGAUUAGCACAUCCUCUUGAGAGGGACUCGUGUCUGUAUUUUUCAUACCGGUCUCAUUAACGACCUUGUGUAAAUAUAUGUGUACAAAACCCCACUGAACGUUUCAUUGAUGUCUUUCUUUUACUUCUUUAUACUUUCUCGAGCAGAACUUCUCGAGCAGAUUCUCCUUCUGGGUUUGUUUAACGAGGACUAUUCUCAUAUCGCUGAAAUGCUUCGAGUCAGCAUUACGGUUAAACACGUAUUUCCUGUUUGGAGGAGUAGAAGGCUGAAGGAAACACUCCAUGUAUUUAUGGGUGUUUUUAUCAUCAAUGUUGAAGACGUUCCAUAUUUAUUAUUUUUUACGAACUUGCAUAAACCACCAGAGGCAGGUGCUCAUUUCACAGUAUUUUUUAUUUUGUUUGUUUGUUUUUCGAUCUGUUCUGUACGCUUCUCUCUCCAGCAUAAAAUGUUGUAUCCAUGUUUUUUAAUACAAUUUGAUGGCAGUUAUUUAUUCUC